AUGGUUGCCUCGGUCGGUCAAUCCAUGCCGCCUCAUCUAUCUCCAAAUGCUGUUCGAUCUCCUCAACAGUCCAAAGAAGUCAAGAGCCCGAGUCCCAGUUACUUUGGCUUCGUCGUGGGCAGCGAUGACACCAUACCUCCCGACUCCAACCCGGGUGCACAUGCUCGCCAAAAUUGGGUUUUCCCCAACUCGGCCGCACCGAACAAUGUCUCAACGCCCCGUCAUAUCCCGCUCGAGUCCAACCCAGAGUUUGAGGCGUUUAGGAGACAGUCGGAACAUAACCACAGAUUUGCUUUGAAUACAGCGUUUAGACCCUCCCAGUCCAGGAACAACUCCACCAGCACUUCUUCUCGCCUCGACUCACCCGCUUCUCCCCAUACAAAAAGGCCUUCGAUAGACAAAAGUUCAAAAUCGACAAAUGGAGGAUCGGCAUUGCAGGAGCAGCAGGGGGAUCAAAUGGAUGAUGUAUCCUUCUUUGACGUACCGAGACGACACUCCCCUGGGCCCAUCAAUUCCCACCACACUGUUGCCGACCACCAACAUGCCCGACUCUCCUUACCUGAUAAUAGAAUCCAUACCUCCCCCCUCGGCGCUUCGACAAAUUCUCAUCGCUCGGACACUUUACCAUCUUCGGGAGGAAAAGACGUUCCUCCUAUCGUCUCCCCAAUCCAAAUAGCCGAGAUUAUCAAAAACCAAGCCGAACAAGUUUUGGUGCUGGAUCUAAGAGUAUAUCAGCAGUAUGCCACGGCGAGGAUAAGAGGCGCUCUAAACCUAUGUAUCCCCACGACACUCCUGAAGCGGCCCGCAUAUAAUGUCCAAAGACUCGCCGAGACGUUUGCAUCGACACGAGACCAGGAGACGUUCGCGCGCUGGCCGAAAUGUGCGUAUAUAAUAGUGUAUGAUGCCAAUUCUUCCUUGCCGAAGGAGGCCGUCACCCCUUUAAACGUGCUCAAGAAAUUUACAUCGGAAGGCUGGGCCGGCACCGGCCUGGUUGUCAAGGGUGGCUUUUUGAAAUUCCACAAACUGGUGCCGGAAAUGGUGGACAGUGGCCCGGUUCAAUCGGGAAAUGGAGCAUCGUCACAACCACUGUCCAUUGCAGCUCCGGGCAAAGACGCCCUGCCUGUGGCUGGAGGCUGUGCCAUGCCAUCUGAAAAGUCGGCCGCCAAUCCCUUCUUCGGAAACAUUCGCCAGAACAUGGAUUUGCUGGACGGCGUGGGGCAGAUGCCCAUCAAAAAGCCUACUGACAUGACAUCGGAGACGGAACGACAUAUGCCCACGUGGUUGAGGAGGGCUGCUUCAAAGUCGGACGAAGGCAAAUUGGUGUCGGACCGGUUCCUCAAUAUUGAAAAGUCGGAACAGAAACGCAUGCAGGAAGCUCUCACGGCCAAAGUGUCGUAUGGAACUCCGCGCACCGAACAGCCACAGAAAAUCCAAGUUGCUGGAAUCGAAAAGGGCUCCAAGAACCGGUACAACAACAUCUUUCCUUUUGACCACACGCGAGUUCGACUGCAGAAUGUGCCGAAUGGGAGCUGCGAUUACGUCAACGCCAGCCACGUCAAGGCCCAGUUUUCGAAUCGACGAUACAUUGCAACACAAGCGCCUAUUCCUGCAACCUUCAAUGAUUUCUGGCGCGUCGUAUGGGAACAGGAUGUCCGUGUGAUUGUCAUGCUCACAGCCGAAGCUGAAGGGGGACAGGUCAAGAGUCAUCUCUACUGGAACCCGGGCGAGUAUGGUCCCUUGAAGCUUAAGCAGCUGUCAGAGCGCCAGGUGAGCUUGGAGACGAAGAAAUUUGCGAAGCAACUCGCACCGACAAGCAGACCAUCCAUGGCGCCCAGAAGAUCGACGACGGCCAAUAUUCCGGGGGACCGAGGUCGAGAGGAGGUGAAGUCGUCUACCUCCAGAACGCCUACCGCGAUGGUUCGCCAUUUCUCGUUGAGUCACUCGGCAUUUCCCUUCCAGCCCAUGCGCGAGAUUACUCAAAUUCACUAUUCCGACUGGCCAGAUUUUGGUGCCCCGGCAAGCCCUCUGGAGCUACUUGGACUUGUAGAGCAAGUCAACAAGUAUGUCCGAGGAUCUGGGACUCCGUCCCAUGUCGUGGGACCAGAUGACGCGGCGCCUGCAGGGCAACGGCCAAUUCUGGUCCAUUGCAGCGCAGGUUGUGGGCGGACGGGCACUUUCUGCACGAUCGACUCUGUCAUCGACAUGUUGAAGCGACAGCGACUUUCUCACGAGGCCGGCGGGGAUAAAAUGGACGUUGACAAUGGCGAUUGGGUGAAUCGGGAUGACGUUGAUUUGGUGGCGAAGACAGUGGAUGACUUCCGCCAUCAGCGACUGAGCAUGGUACAGAAUUUACGGCAAUUUGUUUUAUGUUACGAAAGCGUAUUACAGUGGCUUGUGAUGCAGGAUUCGGAGCGUCAGAAGCGACCGGGGCUACCAGACCCACGACGGAGUUAUCACGGUUGA